AGUUAGUCACUCGGUAGACGUCUCCCGAGCGGGAAGGGUUGGUUGGUAUCUCGGGCGGUGGUUGUGUGUGACCUCUGGAACUUCAGUUGAUCGCAUUCGCUCUCCCACCCUUUCUCUCUUUCUCUCUCCCCGUCCCUUUCGAUAGAGCAAAUGAUGGCUUCCCGAUCCAUGGAUAUUUAUUGCCAUUCGUGAGUCUAUUUCCACAUCCUCCGGGUACGUGACCAAUUUCCAGUACCGAGUUAAUUCUGAAGCACUAUAACAGUGAGAUCGACUGCCGUUUGCAGGGUGUUGGCAACAAGCAUGAAUGGGGUAAUUGCUGUGAAAGAUUUACCUACUUGAGACGCGAGGGGAGCGCAUUAUCCCUUCCUCCCAGGAAAAGGGAGUCGCUUAUAUACCGUUACAGAAGAAUAAUUACCUUCACGGUGCAGGCGAUGAAGAAGCUAUCGCCGGAAUCCCUUGAAAUCAGCGGCAAGGUCGGAUGGUUAUAGUAUUCGGUCGGUUAACGACCUGUCAGAGCGGAAUCCUAAUCAUCUUAAUUAAGGCAAGUCCUACGUUGCUGAAGGACUGGAGGGGAAGGCAACCAUCCAGCCAGCCACGGUGACGUCGAAGCUUGAGGCCAGUCUCGGCCCGAGGAGGAAGGCUGGGCCGCCAUUAAGAAACCACCCGCGGGACAGACACGCAGGACGCCUACGGGUAUGAUUGCCGGGCUUCGUAAUAUCCUUGGCAGGUUGUUCAGGCAGCCGGCGACUGUACUUGGUCAUCGUGUUGCCCUGAAGUCAACGCGGAAGGAAUGACGCUGCACCUUCGUGAAACCUUGAGAUAACGUACUUUCCCUGACAAAUCAUUUUCUGCAGGAGGCACGCAUCGACAGAUAGGCAAAGAGGGAAGGUAAACACACUGAAAAACAGAAAUAACGAGACAACUAUCAACUUUACAACAGUUUCGAUUUCCGCUCGAGUCCGGGUUUUGACGCACGAGCGCCCUCUUCUGUUUGUUGCGUGACGUCAGAAUCAGUCUAAUGAUUAGGAAAUCGGAAUUAUGACACCUCGCACCACAAGCAAGGCCGUCCACCUGUCCCUAGAACUGUGACGUCAUCAAGUUCAACCGGAAAUUAGAAAACAAGUCUCAUCGGAAGAAAGGAAUUGCGAGACGAACAUUGAUAUUGUAAGAAUAAUCGUACGAAGGGUGAUGUGAGUGAAUCAAGCGAGUGACUAAGGAUUUGAUUGUGUAACUGUAAUCAUGCCAAGGAUUGUAAUAAAGUAGAUUUCAAGUUGUUUGAACAAGUGACUAAGGAGAAAAAGUCGUACCGAAGUGAGUAAUGAAGGUAAAAUUAUCUGACGUGUCGAAAUACAAAUAAAAAAAAAAAAAAACGCACAGGAAACAAAACAAAAAAAUGAGGACUUGAUAUUUACCAGUGUUCGACAUAUCGCGUUUUAACCCUAUUUAGGCUAAACAGCCACAGGAUGUUCGUCGAUAAGAACAGAGACGACAGAAUCUGCCAGUGAACCCCUGUCUGAAAGGACGCAGACGCCGCUCUCUCUCUCUCUCUCUCGCGGUGGACGACGACCACAUCAUUUUGAAGUUGGAACGGGGUCACUAUUCACGUCGCCUCUCAUCAUGGCUCCAAUGGAUUCCAAAUUAUGGCUGUCGCUACUGGUUUGCGUUGUGGGCGUCAUAGGCGUGGUCGGAUACAGUGAGACACCCAGACAGUAUCACAUACAGACAGACGAAGGACCCGACAGGUAUUUCAGGUUCCAAACUUACAACGGUCAGUUCCGGAAGGAGAAGAGAUUCGAAGACGGUUCGGUGGUUGGCACCUACGGCUGGGUGGACCCACUAGGUCUCCUGCGGCUGUACGAUUACAUAGCAGACACCCUCGGGUACAGAAUUGUCCGCCAGAGGACGAUGAAGGUGGCCCCGAUAGUCGACCCUCCCCCCCAGCCAUCCCCUCAACAUUUCCAGCGACGGCCGGUAACGAUCUCUCAGAAGGCGACCCAGUCGCAGCCGGUAACCUCCGUUGUGACCCAGCCUCAACCGGUAACCGAACCUCCAGCGGUAACUAGGCCGUUGCAUCCAACGCGCCUGAGACCGGUUUCGCCCCUUCGACCAGUGCCAAAGCUGCCCCAGGUGGCAGUUGUCGAACCUGAGGUGGAGACGAGCCCUUUCCCCGGGCCAUCCGUCGUACCCCAACCUCACACACUGAAACCAAUACUAGUACCAUUGUCGCAGACGGGGUCACUGACGCCAUCCCUCGUCCAAUUGCAGCCUGUCACGCUUAGACCCCAGCUUCUGGUCAGACAGACCAUACCCAAUGUGACACCGAUUCCCUUGGUCCCAAUUUCGAAUAAUAACGUCAUUUUAGGAAAAGACUUCGAAAGUAAUGGCGUUGAGGCCACGACUCAGGGAUCCGGGUCUUUUGGGGACAGGACCGAGGUCGAAAAACCGAGUAAUGCACCGGCGGGAAAGACAGAGAGAGGCGGAGGACGCUUCAGAGGCAAACCGCUCGCUCUGAAAAGGAGGCCUGUGGCAGUUGAUCCUACCGAGGAGCCCUCUUCACCAGUGAACAGAGGCUCUGCCAGAUUCAAAGGUGUGCCUUUAGCGGCUCAAAAGGGGACGCCGAAGUUGCUUCAGCCUGUGCCAUUGAAUCAGAGAGAGUCUUCUCCUGCCCCCGCGUUUGGAACGCUCUCCGACAGCCACAGAAACAGCGGCUUUGAUAGCGCAGUCAGUAGUACGAAUUCAGACAGCAACAACAGGUUUCUAAGGCAACCAGUACAUAGAGGAACAGACCUUCCAGCUCGUUCACACGGGACAGGUAAUCUAACACCUCAGAGGGCCACUAACUCAGAAGAGAACUUUGACCUACCUCCAGACUUACCUUACAGUAUCAACUAUGACCUCGGUAAUCAAUUUCGCCUGGAAAAAAUACUGCCUGACGGGACGAAAGUAGGGAGGCACGGAUAUGUGGACCCUCUAGGCGUACUUAGAGUCACGCAUUAUUCCACUGGCCCCAACGGUCACCGGGAGAAACAAGACAACAAAUGGGUGGGAACCAGGGACCCGGAGGCGCAUAAUUGAUCGAGCGAUCUCUGGGAAUCAGCGGGAAAGAUAUAGUCUACCCUCUCGACAAAAGAGGAAAGAAAAUGAAGCCUUGCUUUUGUUAACAGGAGGGAAAACAAAUGUCAGCAGCAGCUUCAAAUGAAGAGGAGAAGGAUUUACGCCUACAACCGCUUGCAACACUCGAUUCGAAGGAUAUCCCUUACAAAGUGGCGCUUUGUUUCACGAGUUUGUUGAGACCAAUAGACGACGCCUGCCGAUGAUGUUGGAUCAGGAGGCUCUCCCAUUGCUCUUCCCUUCAUUCCAGUAUAGUGAAGAGUCUUCCUGUACACAUGAAGCGAUAUUUUUCGUAUUUUUUUAGCUUAUGUCAAGGUGAAAGUACCGAACUUGAAUUAGACCCGUGAAAUGACAGUUUUUUAUUGUGAAAAAGUGAACCUAUUGGUUAUCGAGGAAGACAGUACAAUAGUAGAAACGUGAGAUGUAUAAUCCAGACUUUUUCGAGUGUCGAUGGGUUGUACUUAAUUAUUACAAAAUGUAAUUCAGUGAAACGAAAUCUGUGAUUGCUGGAUAAAAGCGACCGUGAAUGUUUACCGGUGACAUGAGAUAUGUUUUCACGAUGAAGCGUCUCACAAAUAUAAGCCAUUUGUGAUCGUAUACAUUUAAGGUCCUUGCCUUUGCAAGAGGUAGUUUGCCUUUUAGCCAAGUUCGGUCAUUAUUAACGGAGCUACUUCCGAGUCUUGUCAACGGAAAGUAAGGAAGCCCAGUGAUUUGUGGCACUGGAAGCUUCGAUUUAAGUAAAGGCAUUAUUCUUUCUGUCACGUAUUUGGUUCUGUCAAAUAAGCAUCUUUUGAUAUGUUGAAUCACUGAUGACAAAUGCGUUGUUAACGAGUAUCUAAAGGCAUUAUCCCUUCUGUCGUUCAUUUUGGUUGUGUUAGAUGAACAGAUUCUGAUGUUUGAAUCACGAAUGACACAUCAGUCAUUUCCUUGACGAGGCAAAAGUAACAAAAAAAAGUUUCAUUUCAGCAUCACUGACUACCUUCAACUAAACUGGGUGUUUAAUGCAAGCUGAAUUGCUGUGAAUAUUACUGCAAAAGGUGCUAUUAACUUUAAAACGAAAAUUAUUAGCUUUGGGGGAAUUUUAGUGUAAUUUUGAGUAAUGCUUUCUCCUAAUAUCCACUCGAGGAUUUGAGAGUGGAAGGCUUUUAAAAGCAAGAGAAUAAACGGAUAGAGGUUUUUAAAUAUUGAAAGGUUUGUGAUAAUUAUAUUCAGUCGUUUGUUUUGCUUAAGAUGAAUUUUCAUCUUUGGUUGUCAUAGGUCAAGUUUUUUAUUCAUAAUUUUCCCCGGUGAACGAUUUCGUCAUUUUGUCGUGGCUUUAAAAUCUCUAUUGAUCCAAGAGUUUGUGGCAAACAAACAGUUUCUACUAAUAGUGAUUAAGAUAAACUGGGUAUUCUUCAUUCAUGUGCAUUCGAGGAAAUGACUUCCAAGUGGACAGCAUUUCCUUUCACAUUUCACCUUCUUUUCCAAUAUAAGUAUUUUGUUAGAUACCUCGAAAGCUUAUUUUAACUUUAACUUUUCAUGAAUGGCCUAUGAUUAGAUUUCAGACAUUAUUUCCUACAGUUUAUUCCUUCACCAGUCCUUUUUCUCUGAAAGAACCUUUCAUCAUUAAAGCAACAGAAUUGCCAUUACUUCAGUCGAAUAAUAUUUUUUGCCAUUAUGAGCAGCCAAGACUUCGAGGUAUCUACUUUUCAUUUCCUGUCUCAGAAGUGGAAAGAAAAUAGGAAAGCAAUUUAACGGAUGGCUUCUUUGGUAUAUCUCUCAUUGAAUGGGAUCUCAGCUUUUGGUACUAAAUGGGACAAUGCUUUGUCGAGGUCUGUGUGUAAGUUCUUCACUUCCAGUAGAAUUAAGUUGGUGCUGUUUUAAACCACGGGUUCUCAAGGUGGUUGUCUAGUUAGUAUUGCAAAUGCUUCUUGUGUAUAGUAGCGGUUGAAGUAAUUCUCCAUAUCUGCAUCAGAAUCAUACUUCUUUAUACCUUUUAUUCCCUUUGAUAAUGCAGCUGAACAACUCUGUUCUUUGCAGACGCACGCGUGUUGAAGACUACCCAGUUGCCAGUAAUAUUAAUUCAAAUAUUGCCUUAUGUAACAAAGUAAUUUAAGCGUAGUACGUAAUGAUACGAGAGUCGGUUUGGCUUGAAAUGUUUCAGAACCGAUGGAUUAGAGCAGUUGCAUUUGGGAAAUGCUUUGGCGCGUUUUUAUGGAUUUCAAACGUAACUCAUUAUUUUACUUCACCACACGAACACGUAGUGUUUGAAAGUUACUUUAUGAAAAAUGAAUGGGACCGUUAGAAAAAGCUACUGCUCUCUAAAUGCGAGUUUGGCCAUGUUUUUAUUUAUGUAUACCUACGUACAGUAUAUCACAAAGUAAAGGGCAUUACUAACACACUGACAUUCAGUUCUUACAUGCACUGGGAACGUUUUGGAGAGAGAGCUGUAAUUUUUUUUAAAUGAAGUACUGGAACUUUAUAUGAAAAAAGAUUAUUACAUGAAUUGUAAAGACAGACCAUAUAGCAACUUUUUAUUACGUUAGACGCAUUCCAUUCAAAGGUCAACAUUUGGGUGACAGAAUUCCUGGCCUGUAUGUAGGAAUAUCUUUCAAAUUAGAAGGUUAUUUUCAUUAAUAAUGUAAUCAGGUACAGAAUGAUUUUUCUAAUUGAUCAUUCUGCCCCGAAGGGUGAUCAGCAUGUUUUAUGGGAAUUAUGUAUGUGGAUAAAAUUAUCGUUUGCAAUUGAUCAAUCAUCAGUGCAGAUAAUUUCACCAUGAAUAGCCUAAUUUCUGCCCAGUCGCCAGGCAAUUAAGAAACUAUUUUACCGUCAUCACUAGGACUCUGUUUAAAUUGCUCUGUCAAUAUCAGUUCCUUAUUGUACUGCAGGAGACUGCAAAACACCUGAAGGAAUUCAUUGCUGUGCCAAAAAAAAAAAAAUCUCAAGGUCCUUUUUGCUUUUUUCUGUGCUUAAAAGUACAAAGGAAUCGAAGGACCUUGAAAAAUUUCGGGUCUCUUGAACGUACGGUUCCCGGUGCAGGGUGGAAACGGGACGAAGGAAAUAAACAAAAAGUUUUGGAAUAUUUAACUUUAGAAUAGUGACUGUAACUGUAGAUUAGUUAUUGAAUAUUCUUUUGCAAAACAAAAUUUUGAGCACUCAGUGCAGUUCAUUAUGAUUAGGAAAUGACAAAUGUGCCCAUAUUGGAGAGGACCGGAAGCUAGCUUUAUUCUUAAGAGUAUCUUUUUCUUGUUCCUGAAGUUAGUUGGAUUUUUUUUCAAACAUCGUCACAGAAUCAACUUUAAGUCUAUUCUUAAACACGGAGUGAAAAUUUCCCUGGUAGAUUAACAAUCGUAGAUAAUCUACUUUUCCGUCUGUCUUCUUUGAGAGAAGCCAAGAAAGAGAACUGAGAAUCUCCGUAGGUUUCGAGGCAGAUCAAUACUUUUCUGCCCAAAUUCCAUUUACACAUUUUUACAUUCCAUUUACAUUUUUAAGUCGACGAAGCUAGUCAAGUCUCCUAUGUAAAUGGAUGAAGUUGUGAUUUGCAUAAUUCGGUCUUUUACUGUUCAUUUAGCUCCUAAAACUUCCCCGGAUGUCCAACUAGCGUCAGCGUAAUGGAAACCUCUGAUAAUGAGUUAAUUAUCUCGUUAAUUAUGUAUGUGACGGCUACUUUUUUACCGUUUGGCAAAACAGCAAGCAAGAAUCGAAAUGAAAAUGAUGACUCAUGUGAUUGGUCCUAAUUUAUUUCACCGCAUGUCAAGUUAUAUAACAAAGCACAGUCCCUAAAUUCGUUAUAAUAUCUCACGGGAAAUGGUAGGUAAUGAACUUUUCUAUCUUGUUUAGAAUUCUAAUUCUUGAAUUGAGCAUAAAUGUAAUGUUAUAUUUAAGUCGCUGUAAAAUCAAUACUGAUUUUCCCCAUCCCGUGAUACAGUUGUGAAUAUUCAGCCUUUCCAUUUGACGAACAAUGACGAGCUUGACUUAAACGCAAUUCUUGAAUGUAAAUUUUGUCUGUCUUUAGUCUCCAAAUUUUAAUCACUUGUAUACUGUAGCUAUAAGUCACAGAAAAUGCAGAACAAGGUCAUCCGAGUUUUUGGACAUGUUUCAUAAAAACGAAAAGUGACACACUGACAUGAUCAAAUUAUCUUUAGAGAAGCGCUACUGAAAUGAAAAUAGCCAGAUCAGUCGAAUUGGUGAAUUUGAUAUUUUAGUCAUCAACGAUUUACCUCCUUAACUCUUGCGCAGCUUGCUGUGAUCAUACGAUAAAAACAGAGUCGUAUUUAAUCAUAGAUAUUCCCUUGUUUUGAUGUUCAGGGCUGGUAUACAAUCGACGGGGCAUGGCAGUUACUUUUUGCGGAUUAGACGCAUAUUUCGAAGAGGACGCCUGCUUUCUGUUUGUUCCUCUCGUUUUGACCAAGUACUUUAGGGUUAAGACUUUUUUUUUCACCCAAAAGAUGUUUUUAACAGAUAUUUUUGAAAGAUUAAUGGCUUGGUGAAUCGUUUUGUAAAACGCGAGAUUUGAAUUAAUGCAAUAUCCUUGAAAACAGUUUAUGGUUCUAAAUUGAUAUGUUCACAAAAUUAAUCAUCGAUCAUUGCAAAUAUUUCUCCUAUAGUGAGAUAAAUUGUAAGAUAUGAAUUGUAAAUAAUAAUCAUAAAACUAAAAUGAGUGAAUAACUCAAGACUAUGAUAAUCCCGUAUAAAACUGUACUGGUCUCUCUCUCUCUCUCUCUCUCUGAAAAGUUAAACUAAUAUGGUGCCAUGCCCAUAUCCAACUUCUCUGCCAGCUCUGGGAUACAUAAAUACUUCAGGGUGUAUUAGUGCCAUGUGCCAUCAGUCAAACAAGGAGUCAACGUGAAUUGCCGUUGGCGAUCAAGUGCAAUUAUGUAUGUAUCUGAUUCCAAAUAAAAAUAUUUACCCUA